GCACACCCAGCUGCCCGGUGCCUCCCUGGGCCUGCUUUUCACCACUGCCGGGGAGUCUUGGGCUUCGGCCCGCCCUUUGCCCGGGCAGGGGAGGCGGGGCUGGAACCAGGCUCCGUGGGCCAUGGAGGCGCUGGAGGUGGUGGGGGGUCUGUUGCUGGCCCUCUCCCUUCUGGCCUUCGGUCUGUACUGCUCCUACGUGCGAUACAUCCACGCCAAGUACGACCACAUCCCCGGCCCGCCGCGGGAGAGCUUUUUAUUUGGACAUCUGCCGAUCUUGUGGAGAAUGCUGAAGAAACAAGAGUUUAUGCAUGAUCUGUUCCUGCAGUGGGCAGAGAAAUACGGACCUAUUGUACGGUUUAAUGCCUUUCACAGAGUCUCAGUAAUGAUUCUGACUCCUGAAGGAGUGAAGGAGUUCUUGAUGUCACCUCAGUACCCAAAGGAUCGUCUGGUGUAUGGUCGAAUCUCCAACUUAUUUGGUGAGAGGUUUAUAGGGAAUGGCUUGGUAACUGUUUGCAACCAUGAGCAUUGGCACAAGCAGAGGAAGAUAAUGGAUCCAGCUUUCAGCCGAACCUACCUGAUUGGUCUGAUGGAUACUUUUAAUGAAAAAGCAGAGGAGCUGAUGGAGAAGCUAGAAGAAAAGGCAGAUGGAAAAAAAGAGUUUAGCAUGCUGAAGAUGAUGAACAGAGUGACUAUGGAUAUCAUUGCAAAGGUGGCCUUUGGCUUGGAAUUAAACGCACUGAGCAAUGACCAGACACCUUUCCCUCAUGCUGUGACCAUGGUUUUGGAGGGAAUGACAAAGCAGCGCAUCCCCUUCAUACGGUACAUGCCAGGAAAACAGAAGCUGGUAAAGGAGGUCAAAGAGAGUGUGAGGCUGCUGCGGCGUGUGGGAAAGGAGUGCAUUGACCAGAGGAGAGAGGCCAUCCAGAGUGGGAAGGAAGUCACCAUGGAUAUUCUAACACAGAUACUGAAAGGAGAUGCUCUGGAGGAAACAAGAGAUGAUGAAAACAUUCUGGAUAACUUUAUCACUUUCUUUGUUGCUGGUCAUGAAACCACUGCCAAUCAGUUGUCAUUUACAGUAAUGGCUCUGGCUCAACAUCCUGAAAUACUGGAAAGGCUUCAGGCUGAAGUGGAUGAAGUUCUUGGUGCCAAGAGAGACAUUGACUAUGAGGAUCUUGGCAAACUCACUUACUUAUCUCAGGUUCUGAAGGAAUCGCUGCGGCUGUACCCACCUGUCCCAGGCACAUUACGCUGGAUGGAGAAGGAACACGUUAUCAAUGGCAUCAGAAUUCCUGCAAACACGACACUUGUUUUCAGCACUUACAUAAUGGGAAGGAUGGAAAGGUAUUUCAAGGAUCCAUUCACUUUCAAUCCAGACCGAUUUAGCAAAGAUGCACCUAAGCCAUAUUACUGCUAUUUUCCAUUCUCUCUGGGCCCCCGAUCCUGCAUUGGGCAGGUGUUUGCACAGAUGGAGGCAAAAGUGGUGAUGGCAAAACUUCUGCAGAGGUUUGAAUUUCAGCUGGUACCAGGGCAGAGCUUUAAACUCUUGGAAGCUGGAACUUUUAGGCCACUAGAUGGAGUAAUGUGUAAAUUAAAGCCAAGGAGCUCUGCAAGAGGCUGCCAGGUGUGAACUGCACAGGAGAGGAGUAUGACAUGGUAGUGAUGUUGAAGAUCUUCACACUAAUCAAAGGUUAGAUUUUGCAGGCCCCUUUAGAGGAUUACUGAACUGAAAUUUUUCCUAGCCUCAUCAUUUACUGAAGAAAGCUUUAGGAGAGUCAA